AUGGCAAUGGAAACGCAUGCAAUUCAAGAAAGCCACUCAACUCCUCAAAGCCCGCCUUGCCGUGAACGUCACAUCUAUGAAAUGCGCAAAAGGGCCGAACUCAAAGCCGCUGUCUCCGAACUUGAACGCCCUUGGGAGGUCGUUGAAAAAGUACCCAACUUGUUAUCCGUUGCAGGUGAUGAGGAAGUUAAAGUCUUGGCUGACAAGUUCCAGAAACCUGGCGAGAGAAAUGUGAAAAGGAACGGUGUUAAAUGGAGGAGGAAAGGAAUUAGGAGAAGGUUGGAUGCUGCUGGGGAGGUUAAUUCUGAUGGGAAGAGAACUUAUUUGAAGUCUGGGGUUUAUGAUAAUGGAAGUAACUUGAAGGCUGAUAUUUAUCAUAAAAGAAGUAAUUUUAAGUCUGAAGUUUAUGAUAUGAGCUUGCAGAGAGAUGGGAGUUAUGGGAUUAAUUGA